UUUCCGGUGGGUCCGGCAUCGCUGAGGGAGAAGAUGGCGGCGCUGGGGGAACCGGUACGGCUGGAGCGGGAUAUUUGUAGAGCAAUUGAAUUGUUGGAAAAACUACAAAGGAGUGGAGAGGUACCACCACAGAAACUUCAGGCUUUACAAAGAGUUCUUCAAAGUGAGUUCUGCAAUGCUGUGAGAGAGGUUUAUGAACAUGUCUAUGAGACUGUGGAUAUCAGUAGCAGUCCUGAAGUGAGAGCCAAUGCGACCGCAAAGGCUACAGUUGCUGCUUUUGCUGCCAGUGAAGGACAUUCUCAUCCUCGAGUUGUUGAGCUCCCAAAAACUGAAGAGGGCUUGGGAUUCAAUAUUAUGGGAGGCAAAGAACAAAAUUCUCCAAUCUAUAUAUCUCGAAUAAUUCCUGGUGGGAUUGCUGACAGACAUGGGGGCCUCAAACGAGGAGAUCAGCUCCUUUCUGUCAAUGGAGUGAGCGUCGAAGGAGAACAUCAUGAAAAAGCUGUAGAACUGCUGAAAGCAGCCCAAGGAAAGGUUAAAUUGGUGGUACGGUAUACACCCAAAGUCUUAGAAGAAAUGGAGUCACGCUUCGAAAAAAUGAGAUCAGCCAAACGCAGGCAACAGACCUAAUAGGUUGAAAACUUUAUAUUCCAUUUUGCUCUUUAGCUAAAGAAGUUUUGCUUGUGACCUACUGAUGGCUACGAUGCCAGUUAUUGUAAAACAAACAACAAAAAAAAAACACUACCCGUGAAAUCCUUGCCAUUUUAUAAAUGCCUAUUUUAACAUCAUUAUGAUUGCAGAGAUGCGUACACUUUUUUCUGACAAGAAAAAGUAAAAGGUAUAAGGGCAGUUCUGCCCUGCUGUUUCUACAGGCCUUUUUCAAAUGCAGAUUUUGUCAUAAAAUUGUUAUAGAUUUUUAAGACUGCUUUUUAAAUAUUAAAAUGUACUUUUACAUUCUUAAUCUUUUUUUAGGAAAAAAGUUUCCUUCUUUUGGCUACUUAUUUAAAAAUAACAGUUCUCUGAUUCUUUUUUGUUUUGUUUACUCUAUUUUUUUUUUUAAUCUGUGAAGUUUCUUUACAGUUUUCCAAGAAAUUAAACAUAACAGUCUCACCUUCAGCAGUUCAUUACACUGUCAUUGUUAACAUCUCUGCUGCAUUUUGUACUUUGGACAUAUGCAUAAUAUAUAUAAAAUCAGUGAUAGACCCAUAAUGCAACAUAUUGGAAGUUUUUUUACUUUUAUUUAAGCAUAAUAUAUAAUGAGUGUCCAUUUAUACUGAUUUAUACAAGUGAGCUUUUAAACACUGAAACAAUCAUUGCAAAAAUGUGUAUUCUUUCAUAAGGUUUAAGCAGCGAGGCAAGAAGAUAUGGUAUUAUUAGCAUUACUGAGAAUAUCUUUUUCUUUUGCUAUUAAACAGUGCAUCAAAAAUUACAAGUGGAAGACAGGUAUAGAUUUCAUCCUCUGGAAAUGUUUUAAUGCUAUCCAUUUCCAUUUAAAUGUCUUUUUCAUAAUUUGGUCCUUCCAUGCCUAAGAGAUUAGCCAGUUAGUUGGUAGGAAAUAACUGAAAGAAGAAGUCAACCUUCACUUCCCCUAGGAGCUGUGCAGUCUUGCUAGUUCAACUGAAAGAACUGAUUUGAAAUAGGAAGAAAAGGAUACACACACACACACAUAUGAUGCAUAGGAAUUAUGGGGAGAUAGUAUAAGAAUCUGAUGAAAUGAAUAGGAUCUCCGUAUUAAAUUAAUUGGAUAUAGAUUGUAUCUUUGUUUACAAUUUAAAGAAGAUACUUCAUGUCUUUUGUCCACUGGAUGUCACUAUUUUACUAUAAGGCAGCUAUUAGUAUAUAACUGUGACUGAGGUCUUCAGAGCUGAAGUUUAAAGUUGAAACAUGUGCAGUCACAACUUACAGGAACAUUUGUACUUUUUAAAAACUUUUAAAAGACAGUUGCUAAAAAGAUGAUUGAAAUACACAGGAAUAUGACAUUAAUCUUUUGUUUUAUUAAAGUGAGCAUUUUGUAACAUUCCUUCAGGAAGAAUAGAAAUGUAAAUCAUUUUCUGCAUGUUUGUGAGCAUUGUGAGGCUUAAAAAGAGUAUUGCAGUUUUCAGUGGUCUUUGUUUUUUGUUUUUUUCAGAACAAAAAGUCAAUCAGCAUUGUUAUUUGUCAUGUAGGUAUUGAACACUGGAUUGCAUGGUUGAAUGUGUCUUUAGUCCCCACCAAAUGUGCUUGACAUUAUUGAUAAGAUCAUGUUAAAUUGUGUAUUUUCAAAAUGAAUUGCUGUGCUUUUAAAAUAUUGAGACCAAAGUAGUAUAGACAAAUUAUGGACUUAAUUUAAUUGUAAAAUUAUUAGAGGUAUUUGUUGUAGAGCUUUAUAUAUUAAAGGGAGGUACUGGUGCAUAUAAAAGUAGUAAUAUUAUUGUUAUGCUUGUAUUCUUGCAUUUCAGGGUGAGUAAACCCCGAAGAAAUCUUAUUUUAGUGUAGCUACAGCUGCAGUGGCUUUUAAGGACAUAUCAACAUUUCAUUAUAAAUUAUAGCUUCCUGGUUCAGUGUUCUCAGCUGUUUGAGAACUUUCAGCCAAGUUAAAUCUUUUUUGGUGUUCAAACUUAGUAAGUUGAGUAAGCUUUUCUGUUUCUCCUACAGUAAUCCACAAUCUGUUCUUUGUGUGGGUUGGCACCUAUUUAUAAUUCUCAAAAUAAGGAUAGCUUAAAGGAGCCAAAUAUAGUAGUUUUGCUUGGUAUUGUUGAGCAUGAGUAGCAGCGUUUUUGUUAAUGCAUUUCUCAUAAGAUAUCUCAGAAUUUUAAAUCUUGACCACAGAAAAAUUCACUGUCAAAGAUGUAUGAUACUGGUCUAAUAUAAUGAAGAUGUGAAGGGAAUUUUCAUUCUGUCAGUGAAUGGUUGGUGAAUAAAACGUGGCACAUAGUAAGUAUAUUAUAGGUGUUUGACUUGUAAUUUACAAAUAUAAAAGAUUCUUUCCCCCAAUUUUCCUUUCAUUUUUGUGUAAAUUUCUUGAGUUGACUAGGUGGUUCUCAACCUUUGCUGCAUCUUAGCCCUGAAGAGCUUAAAAGAUCGAUACCUGGUUCCCAUCCCAGAAGGCCAGCUAAAACAGCAUCACUGUUGUUGUUGUUGUUGUAAAUAUCCUUGCAUGUGAUUCUAAUGGACAUCUAAGUUUGAGAACCACUAGGUUUUUUCUUUAUACCAAAUUCUGUUUGCAGGUGUUAAAAUAGGAUAAUUCAGUUUUCAGCUACUAUAUUUCUCAGUGUUUGUUUAGUAGUAAAAGGCACUUGGCCUUCCUUUUUGUUUGUUUUUGUAAUAGAAUUUGCCAGUAGUUUAAAUGUAAAUUUAUAACAUCUCAUCUUUCUACCUGUUUCCCUUUAAAACUUAUAAAAAUUAGAUUACUGUUUGAAAAAGCAUGUUAAAAAUUGCAAGUAAAUACUGCCAUUGACAAUUCUGUACUGUAUUAACAUAGCCACUGGUAUCUAUUACUAUAAUACUAGGCGGUGGUGGCCUUGUUGUUUAGGACUCAUGGAUUCACCUGUGUUUGGUUUCUGCUUUGUUUAGUUUUGUUUUUAAUCAUUGUCCUAAAGUUUUUUUGUUUUGUUUACCAUUAAAACAGAUAGCAUUUAAUUGAAGAUACGGUUGUGGCUAAUCUGGAAAGAAGUUCAGCAUGACUUGGUAUCAAAUUAAAAGAAUACAUGUUGUGAAUAUUUCAUCUUAUGGAAUGAAUAAUUGAAAUAUGAAGGACUAGUAAUUGUGUUUCCUGAAUAAAUGUAUGUUUAUGAAUCUUCUAA